AUGGCAGCAAUUCUCUCAGCAGUAAAGGACGUUGUCCUCCCCCCAUCACCACCAUCCUCCGACAGCGCCGAACCUCAACUCCCAGACUACCUUCUCGCUCCUCCAACCGUCAUUCCCACAGAGACUUUAGAUAUCGAUAAAUCUACUCCAGACUCGCAUGUUCCUCGAGACCCUCGCUUGAUUCGUCUCACGGGAACCCAUCCCUUCAAUGUCGAGGCUCCGUUGACGUCGCUGUACGAUGCUGGGUUCUUGACGCCGCCGGAAUUGUUUUAUGUCCGUAACCAUGGAGGUGUACCAAAGGAUCUCGAGCCCGAAGGCUGGAUGGUCUCGAUCGAAGGUUUGGUUGAAAACCCCAUCAUGCUCCCCCUCGAACAAAUCACCGAGCAACUCCCCCAAAUUACAAUGCCAAUCACCCUCGUCUGCGCCGGUAACCGCCGCAAAGAACAAAACAUGGUCCGCAAAGGCUCUGGCUUCAACUGGGGUGCCGCCGGCGUCUCCACCUCCCUCUUCACCGGCUGUCUCCUUUGGGAAGCCAUCAAACUCGCUAAACCCAAGAAAGAGGCGAAGUACGUUUGCAUGGAAGGAAUCGAUAAUCUUCCUCAGGGACAUUACGGGACGAGUGUCAAGUUGAGCUGGGUUAAAAAUCCGAGUCGGUGUAUCAUGCUCGCACACAAGAUGAACGGCGAGAAGUUGCGUGAGGAUCACGGGAAGCCGAUUCGUGUAGUUAUUCCUGGUGUCAUUGGAGGUCGCUCUGUCAAGUGGUUGAAGCGUAUCGUCCUCACCGCCGAGCCCUCCGACAACUAUUACCACAUCUACGAUAACCGUGUCCUCCCCACCAUCGUCACCCCCGAAAUGGCCAAGAACGACAAAAAGUGGUGGCAGGACGAACGGUACGCAAUCUAUGACCUCAACGUACAAUCCGCGAUUUGCUACCCCCAACACGACGAAAUCCUCCCCGUCUCCGAUCUCGAUGCGCAGAUUAACUCUGUGUACACCGUAAAAGGAUACGCCUACAACGGUGGCGGCCGUCGAAUCACCCGUGUCGAGGUUUCACUCGAUAAAGGUCGUACGUGGCGCCUCUCCGAAAUCCGCUACUUCGAAGACGAGUACCGCGAAUUCAACGGCCAAGAACUCUACGGCGGCAGAAUCACCCUCGACGACGACCGUUGCUGGUCAUGGUGUUUCUGGGAAUGCGACGUCUCCAUCAACGAACUCGCUUCCAUCGCGGACAGGGGCGAGAUCUUGGUGAGAGCGAUGGAUGAGAGUAUGAAUGUGCAGCAGAGGGAUAUGUAUUGGAGUGUGAUGAGUAUGAUGAAUAAUUGUUGGUUUAGGGUUGCGGUGAGGAAGUGUGAGGGGGGGAUUAGGUUUGAGCAUCCGACGCAGCCGGCGCUGGCUCCGGGUGGCUGGAUGGAGCGUGUGAAAAAUGCGGGAGGGGACUUGCAGGAUCCGAAUUGGGGUGAGGUCGAUGAGACGCUGUCUGACAAGCCAAAGCAGAGGAUUCCGAUUAAGAAGGAGGAGAUCGUGAUGAUCAACCCCGAGGUGAAGCGGGAGAUCACGAUGGAGGAGGUCGAGGCGAAUGAGAAGAAUGCGUGGUUUGUCGUGCAAAACGAGGUUUAUGAUGGUACGGGAUUCUUGAAGGAACAUCCUGGUGGUGCGGAAUCCAUCAUUUUGGCUUCGGGUGCCGAUGCUACGGAUGAUUUUAUGGCGAUUCAUUCGGAGAGUGCGAAGAAGAUGCUAGUGGAUUACCAUAUCGGAACACUGGUUUCCCGCGACGAUGAUGGAUCACCCCAGAAGGUCGGGGAGCCGGCCCCCACCGCUGUGCCGAGGGCGCACUUCCUCCAUCCUAAGCAGUGGUUGAAAUCCAAACUCGUCUCACGCACGGAAGUAUCCUCAGACUCCCGCGUUUUCACCUUCGAACUCGAACACCCCGAACAAACCCUCGGUCUCCCCAUCGGCCAACACCUCUUCGUUCGUCUCGAGACGGCGUCGGGCGAGAAGGUGGUGCGUGCCUACACCCCGGUCUCCGACCCGAACAUGAAGGGGAAGUUUGAGUUGUUGGUCAAGGUCUACAUGGCUACCGACAAUAUGGAGGGAGGAAGGAUGACUACACUGUUCGAGGACAUGAAGAUCGGGGAUACGGUUGACUGCAAAGGUCCCCUUGGUUCAUUCGAGUACCUUGGUAAGGGUCGUUUACGCUGGCGUGGAGUUGAGCGUCAGGUCAAGUCGUUCGCGAUGUUGGCUGGUGGAUCUGGUAUCACUCCCAUUUUCCAGGUUUUGCGUGCAGUCCUUGAGGAUCGCUAUGACGAAACGAUUUGUCACGUCAUCUACUCCAACAGGACCGAGGAAGACAUUCUCUGCCGUGAAAUCCUCGAUCAGUGGGUGGAGGAGCAUGGUGUCAAGAACCGUGUCAAGAUCCACCAUACCCUCUCCAAGCCUUCCGAGGACUGGAAACACGGACGUGGACGUAUUGAUAUGGAUAUCAUGAAGGAGCAGCUUUGUGAGGCAAACGAGAACGAGUGUGUGAUGUUGCUUUGUGGUCCUGGUGGUAUGCAGGAGACUGUUAGGACAUCUGCCAGCAAGCUGGGCUGGAACGUCGAAAAGGAUUUGGUCAUUUUCUAG